GGCCCGCCCGCAGCCGCCGCCGCCGCCGCCCCACUCGCGGGCACGGGGCGGGAGGGAGGGCUCGGGAAGGCGGGAGGAAAUCGGCAGCGGACGAGUCUGGGGAAGGUGGAUGAUGAGAUUGGGGCCGCUUCUGGCUGUAGCAGGAAGAAAGGGAACAACCUGCCUUAUCUCACUCUCUAACCUGACCGUUGAUCAGAGAGUCUGCCGUACACUCAGUCACGGGAGAGGAGGGAUCUGUGCUCUGGAACGGCUGUGAAGAAGCAAGUUUGCAUCUGCUUUUGCCAGUGCAGUCUUUGUAAAGCUCCUGUAUUACUCAGUGUUCCUGUGUCUUACCUCUUCUCUCCCGAGAUGCUGGGAAGAGUCCUGUGUACAGUGUUGUUCAUGGGAGCUUUGCCAUCGCUGGCUGAAGUGUCCCAGGGCCACAUCUCCGUGGUCUUGCUGGGGGCAACAGGUGAUCUGGCCAAGAAGUAUUUGUGGCAGGGUCUAUUCCAACUCUACAUGGACCAAGUGAGCAGUGGCCACAGCUUCACUUUCCACGGGGCUGCACUGACGGCUUUGGAACCGGGGCAGAGGCUGAUGUUUGAUGUGCUGAAGAAGCUGGCCUGUCCCCCAGAUGAACCUCCCAACAGGUGUGCUGUGCUCAAGGACCAAUUCCUGAAGCUGAGCCAAUACCACCAGCUGAAGACUGCCGAAAACUACACCGUGCUGAACAGAGAGAUUGAGACGCUGCUUCGCCAGGAGGGGCUAAAGGAGGCUGGAAGGAUUUUCUACUUCUCAGUACCACCAUUUGCCUACACAGAGAUUGCUCGCCACAUCAACAGCAGCUGCAGACCGCCUCCGGGAGCAUGGCUGCGUGUGGUGCUGGAGAAGCCUUUUGGCCAUGACCUGGCAUCAGCCCAGCAGCUGGCUGCAGAGCUCUCUAGCUUCUUCAGGGAAGAGGAGAUGUACCGGGUGGAUCACUACCUCGGCAAACAGGCUGUUGCACAUAUUCUGCCUUUUCGAGAUCAGAACCGACAGUUUCUGGAUCCAAUUUGGAACCGACAUCAUGUGGAAAGAGUGGAGAUUGUCUUGAAAGAGACUGUGGAUGCUAAAGGCCGCACCAGCUUCUACGAGCAGUACGGAGUCAUCCGGGAUGUGCUGCAGAACCACCUGACGGAGGCCUUGAUGUUCCUGACCAUGGAGCUGCCAGCCAACGUGAGCAGUACUGAAGAGGUCUUGCAGUGCAAGCUGCAAGCCUUCCAGUCCUUGCAGGGCCUGGAGAAAAACAGUGCAGUGCUGGGGCAGUAUCAGGCAUAUGCCAGCCAAGUACAGGAGGAGCUGCAGAAGGCACAAGACUACGUCAGCACAACACCAACCUUUGCAGGUGUGCUGAUUCACAGUGACAAUCUGCGUUGGGAAGGGAUCCCUUUCCUCCUCACUUCUGGGAAAGCUCUGGAUGAACGGGUAGGGUAUGUCCGUGUUCUCUUCAAGAACCGGGCCUACUGCACUCAGAGCGAGACUCUGAGGGAUGCAGGGCACAGCCAGUGUAGAGCCAAGCAGAUCAUCUUCUACAUUGGGCACGGCACACUCAACACUCCCGCGGUGCUGGUGAGCAGGAACCUCUUCAGGCCUGUCAUGCCAGAAGAUAGGUGGAGAGAAGCAGUGAGUCAGCCAGACUUGCACAUUUUUGGACAGCCAUUGUCUGAUUACUAUGUGUACAGCCCUGUGAAAGAGAGAGAGGCGUAUUCUGUCCUCAUCUCCAACAUCUACCAUGGCAGGAAGGACUUCUUCAUUACUACGGAGAACCUGCUGGCCUCCUGGAGGUUCUGGACACCGCUGCUGGAUAGCAUUUCCCACCAGCCCCUGCGCCUCUACCCUGGGGGUGUGGAGAACCAGCACCUCCUGGACUUUGAAAUGGUGGGAGGGGAAGUGGCAUUCACACUGGCAGAGCCAGUGGAACUGCUGAACCCCAACAGGCUGAUGCCAAGUGACUACAGGACAAUCCAGUCCAAAUUUCGGCAAAGUCCUCUGGUCUCAGCAUGGUCUGAGGAACUGAUUUCCCAGCUGGCUUCUGACAUUGAGAAGACAGCAAGCAGGGCUGUGGCACACUCUGGGCAGUUCCACCUGGCCCUCUCAGGUGGCUCAAGCCCAGUGGUCCUGUUCCAGCGGCUGGCAAGACACCAUUAUGCCUUCCCAUGGAAGCACACCCACAUCUGGCUGGUAGAUGAACGCUGUGUCCCUCUCACCGACACCGAGUCCAACUUCUUCAGCUUACACAACCAUCUCCUCCAGAGUGUCAGGGUGCCCUACUUCAAUGUUCACCCCAUGCCUGUGCACCUGAACCAGCGGCUCUGUGUGGAGGAGGACAGAGGCACAGAGCUGUAUGCCAAGGAGAUCGUGGCCUUGGUGGCCAAUGCCAGCUUUGACCUGGUGCUGCUGGGGAUGGGCACUGAUGGGCACACCGCCUCGCUCUUCCCCCGAUCUGAACAUGGCUUGGAAGGGGCUCAGAGCGUGGUGCUGACUGAAAGCCCUGUCAAACCUCACCAAAGGAUGAGCCUUAGCCUAUCCCUCAUCAACAGAGCCAAGCAGGUGUUUGUCCUGGUUUUGGGGAAGGGUAAGCAUGACAUCACCACCCUGCUCAGCAGAGUGGGCCAUGAGCCAAGGAAAUGGCCUAUCUCAGGUGUCAGCCCCAGUUCUGGACAGAUGGUGUGGUAUGUGGAUUAUGAAGCUCUGCUUGGGUGAUGCCUUCACAGUGUUCCUCCUCCCCUGCCCACGUGGCCCUUACAGCCUGGAUUUUCCUACACAACGUCCAUGUUUUUCUGUUGCGAGCAGCAGCUUCGUCUCUGACAGACUCCUCCAACCUUCUGGGAAACCUGUGGCCUGCUGUGCCUCUGACAUUUGAGCCCAGAAAGGAGCUCAGCUCAGUGUUCAGAGCUAAGUAGGAGCCAAGAACCCAGGGCAGCAUUUCUGGCACUGCCAGGGAUUCUGACUCUGACUUUGGACAAAUUACCUCACCUUGAAGUGCCUCAGUUUUCCCUGUCAGGGCUUUGUGGUUGUUCAGCAUUUAACUACCUCGCAGGCGUUAUGGGAGACGUGUCAAAUUAAAUACCUGCCAUUUGAAAUUUCAUUUCUUUUUCAUUCUCAGGGUGGAAGACAGUAAUAGCAUGUUCAUCCUCUGCCCUGCACAGUCUGGGUGGGACAGAGUCGUGUUUGCAAAAUGAUGUUUCUGUGCACAAAGGUCUGUAGCCUUGUGUGUAUGCAGCCCAUCUUGCUGUCAGCCAGACACUAGGGCUGUGCUCUCUUGCAAGCAUAGACACCCAUUUGCUUCUGUGGCAUGUGGCCCCUAAGUGCUGACACCGACUUGUGAGCUCUCUGCUGUCCUGAGUCUUUGCAAAUUGCCCAGCAGCAGAAGCUGAGUUUAUAAGCAGUAAUUUGCUGCUUUCAUUAAGUGGAUGGUGAAUACCAUAGGGGAUGGAAAAGGAAGACACAUUGCUUUUUAGGUUGUUAGAAGAAUCGGGACAGGGUGAGGAAUAUGGCAGUUCACAGAGCUUCAUCUUAGGUUUUAUUUAAAUCCAGUAGAAGCUUGCUCACGUUUUCCUUGGGGAACAUAGCUGUCUGAGUUGUUUGGGACUCUUUUUAAAGCUGUGUUUUCUUUUCACAUUGACAGUCCUGUUAAACUCUUUAAUACUUAGCAGUUACCCAAUGAAAAAUGAAUCUUUUAAACUAUGUAAAAUCUGUGACUGGCAAGAGGGAGACUGUGGGUGGGAAGAAGGGUUAAAUGAGCAACAAAUCUGAUGAGGAAGAAUGGUAGAAAUCCACCAGGCUCCAAGCCAAGGAAGCAGUGCUAUUUUUACUUUGUGAAAGCUAUUAAUAGGUGUGCACCUUCUUGAGAGCUUGUAUUAACCUUUCUUUGCAAAAGCACCUCCAUGGAGUAACUUCUUAUGGUCUGAUUGUCCCGUAAGUGAUUAUUGAUACCAAUUUCCUUGUUUUUAAAUGGCAAGUGCAUUCCUGGGUUUCAGUGUAUGCUUAUUUAUAUGCUUUACAGGAAACUAACACUGGAAGUAAUUAAUUUUUCACUUCAACUUUUAUAAAUCAAGUUGUAAAUCUUAUUUUCCC